AUGCUUACCAAUUUACCUGAAAUACUGUUUAGAGAACAGCAAGUCGCUACCCUUUCUGCAUAUAUUGACAGCAACCCAGUUCUAACACCGUAUAAUGUCUUUCUUCAAGGUUAUGAAGGUACGGGCAAAACGUACACCAUAAAUCGGCUGCUAGAGGGGAAUGAGGAGAUAUUGUAUACAACGGUCUACCCUGCGGAAUCCGUCACUCUGAAACUGCUUAUCCAAGCAAUCGCAAGAGCUACAAAAUUCACUUUAAUCGACAGAUACCCUGAUCAUUUCAAAAAGGAGGACAGGGAAAGCGAGCAACUGGAUCCCCUCAUGGUGGAGGAACCAUAUAACCUACUCUCCUUCUUUCAGCUGCUCUUCUCCAAAGUACCAGAAGUGGAGACAUUCUUACUCGUAAUGGACGGGCUCGAUUCACUGCAAGACGUUGACUACACCCUUUUAUUGAAGCUGCUGAAACUACACGAGUUGGUCGAUUGCAUACACUUGAAGACAAUCUACUGUAUACGAGAAUCAGAAUACAUUGCCCGUUACGCGUCUUUUAUGAUCCCCACCGUGGUGUUCCCCAGGUAUAACGCCGAUCAAUUGUUACAAGUUCUAAUUUCAUCGCGGUUUGAAGAUCUAGCGAUGGAUUUGGAGACAGUGGGUGUCGAUGCUCAGGCUGUGAUUGUGGUGAAUUUCAUCAAGCAGAUUGUGCAAGUGUUCCACUUGUACACUGGUAACAACCUAUGCGCACUGAAUGACCUGAUUGACUUGAAAUGGGACCAGUAUCGCCAGCACAUCGAUGAGAAAACUGCUUAUGACCCUGUCGCACUGUACAAGUCAUCAAUCCAUCUGUUUAAAGCCACCAACGAUACAUUAACCUCUGAAGAUGCACAGAUUGACGAAGAAGGUGGCCGCGAUGAGCAGACAUAUGAACUUUCUACGAUAUCGAAGUACCUUCUAAUCGCAGCAUAUUUCUGCUCGUACAUAGAGCCCAGAUACGAUGCAAGUUUGUUCACAAAGAGGAGUCAUUUGAAGUCGGGAAGAUCAUCUUAUGGUAGGAGAAAGAAGAGGAGCACAAACCCAAGAAAUUUACAACCUAACCUUUUCUUCAUCGACCGGCUGCUCGCUGUGUGGCAAGCGAUAUACCCUGUCGAUUCCACGCACCAGGCCGGGUCUCUAGCAUCAUUACUUCAAGAGAAGUUGCCUAGGGCAAAUGUCGAAGUAUUUCAAAAUUUAGCCGAACUAAGGGCCUUGAAACUAGUGUCGACGGCAACGAAUAGAAUCACAGAUCCAUUAAACAACAAAGCGAAAUGGAAAGUUAAUGUAGCGUGGGAAAUUAUCAAGGAGGUGGCACAGUCGGUUCAAUUCGACAUAGGUUCAUAUUUUAGUGGGGUUGACGAUGCGUGA